CUUCAUUGCUCUCUCUCUCUCUCUCUCUCUCCCUCUCUCUCUCUCUCUCUCAGCCUUUGCCUUUCUUACUUCUCAUCAAACACCUUUCAUUUCUUUCAUCAAACACUUCUCUCUUUCUUUAUUUCUUUCUCUAAGCUAAGCUCUUGGUCAGAAUCAAGUUCUGGGUUUUGGUCUGCGAGUAUGGAAGGCCAAGAAGAAUUGGUUUUGAGCAGUGAUCAAGCAUCCCAGGCGAUCAUGAUCAAAGGCAAGCGCACCAAGCGCCCAAGGCCUCUGUCCCCGAACGGCGUCGUGGCUACGGGGACGUCUAGCUCAUCAAGCGCCUGUGGUGGUGGUGGUGCUAUGGGAGGAGAUCAUGAGUAUAACUAUUAUGGUAAUUCGUUUACAUCACCCACAACUUCUGGUGAGAUCUAUGAGAGUACUGAGGAAGAAGAGGACAUGGCCAAUUGCCUAAUUCUCUUGGCUCAAGGGGAUCAUGUAACUGUUAACCCAAAGCAGAUCUUUGAGCAAAGACUAGCACAAACCAGUAACAUGGGCAAGGCUGGUUUCUUUGUCUAUGAGUGCAAAACAUGUAACAGAAGCUUCCCUUCAUUUCAAGCACUUGGCGGCCACAGAGCAAGUCACAAGAAGCCCAAGGCCAUGAGCACAGAGGAGAAAAAACCAGCACCAGCCCAUUUCAUCCCAGCCUCCCCUUUUGAGGAAUUUGAAGAUCAAAGCAAGCAGUUCAUCAAAUAUAAGAGCAGCCCACCUCCUGCGAUUUCAAGCCAAAUAGGAAGCAAGCCCAAAAUUCAUGAGUGUUCAAUUUGUGGCUCUGAGUUCACAUCUGGGCAAGCUCUUGGUGGACACAUGAGAAGGCACAGAGCAGCAGCAGCAGCAGCCAACAACAGUACUAAUCAUGUGGUGGCUUUGCCUAGCAAUAUUGGCACAAGUACCAAACUCCAGAGAACUGUUCUUCCACUGGAUCUAAACCUUCCUGCACCAGAAGACAAUGAUCAUCAUCACCACCAGCUUCAUCAUCAUCAUCAACAUCGUGACUCUAAGUUUCAAUUUGUGCCUACCCAACAAACAACUCUUGUCUUCAACGCCCCUGCUUUGGUGGAUUGUCAUUAUUAAGAGAGAGAGAGAGAGAGAGAGAUGGAGUGAGUAAAAAAAAAAAAAAAAUCAUUCUUAAUUACUAGAUUAUCAAUGUGAAUUAUAAGCAUUAUUUUUCAAUUAAUUACUUACUGUCAAUUGGUAUAAUUGUGGAAUAUUAAUUCUUUGAUCAA